CCAACGCUUCCUCCUCUUCCUCAACGCCACCUGCAUGUUAAUGCAGCACCUCGGAAGAGAAUGAGACAGCCAGCUUGACUGCGAGGCGCUUUGUUAUAAUGGAAAUCAAAGCAACGAGUCUUCAUCGCUGGGAAAUUUCCACAGAUUUCUGCCGAAAGGUUCAUACAGGUGACAAGAGCUCCCAACUUCACCGCACCAACUGGAAUCGGGGCUUUUUAUCCACAGGGGGUGAGCUGCGUGAGACCUUCACUGCCCCUCGUUUUCUUUAAUGUAUAUGUUCUUUAUCUUUUUUCCAUUUUGACGCGACAUUUCAUUGCGCCGAUGUGCAUGGGCCACGAAAUGACGCACCUGCGGCUUUUGGCCGCGUUUCAGUGAUCUCAUUUCGGAUUGCUCUCAUUUUAAGGGGGGAGUUUAGAGAUGGCGCACCGGAGUGUCCCGUUUUCUGACAAGUUUCCGCUGCUGUUUGGUAUGUUCGUCAUGUGCGCCCGGCUUCAAGCGCGCUUCUCCGUGUAGAACCAGACGCGGAUUCAGAAGUUGGCCGAGAAUAACAAUAAGAGGAGUGCGCAGCUCGGAGGACGACGAGCAGAAGUGACAGCGGCGUUCAUUGGGUGCUGGGCGGCUGAAUUUACUACCAACAUCAUCAGCAUCUCUUUGCAAGGAAUAAAAACUGCGAGGGAGGUUCUGCUGCUGCCCACUCUGUCUUGAUCCACGCACUUUAAAUUUUUUUUAAAACAUUUUCUGUAGUGAAUCCAGGCUUCUGGAGCCGCAGCUUCGCAAAACUUGGCCAGAUCUGGGAACAUUGUCGCUUGUUGUCACUGGAUGAAUAUGCGGCUGACGGAGGGAAUUUAAUAUUAUUAUAUAUAUAAAAAAAGCAAGGGGGGAAUAUUAUCAGUCCCUCGUCCAUUAUACCCUCAAAAUGGAUGCCUACGUCAGGCUUUUGGACGCCACUGGAUAAUCGGCAUCUGAGAAGCGCUUACAGGCGUUUAAAGUUUGGAUAAAUCCGAAGCGGCUGACAGGGUAGGAUGCAGUCUGCGACCAAGACGCUGUCCGCAGGUGGAGGGGCGUCUCUCUGCUGCCUACUUCUCCUCUGGAUCAUCUACUCCCACUUGCUCAGAGAAGGCCAGUUGGCGGUGGGGACCUGUGAGAUAGUGACGCUCAACAGAGACAGCAGUGUUCCCAGGCGGACAAUCGCACGGCAGACCGCUCGCUGCGCCUGUCGGAGAGGCCAGAUUGCCGGCACCACCAGGGCGAGGCCAGCUUGUGUAGAGGCACGAAUUGUGCGAAGUCGUCAGUGGUGUGAGAUGGCUCCCUGCAUGGAGGGGGAGGUCUGCAGCCUCCUGUUCAACAGAUCUGGCUGGACCUGCACCAGAGGCAGUGGUCGCAUCAAGACCGUCACGCCUUUGCCCAAGGAGCCAUCGUAGGACAAAGGGGAAAACGGGUCACAAACAUGUCUUUCCAAAACAAAGCAGUUGCCAGUCAUUAUAUCUGUAUCCAUUCACCAAAGGGCCUCUCAAAAUCUCCACAAGGACUGACUACCCAGGACAAAAAAAAGCUUCUUCAGUCACUCCAGUAACUCUUGGGAGAAUUCUGAGAAGCUCAAUACACCAACAGCAUCAAUCUUUCACCACAGACUGAUUCACCAAGUCAUAACAGAGAGAGAAAGAAAGUCCCUAUGAGGAACAGUUUUUAGUGGAGCAUUGACUUUCUGACCUUUUAUUGCUGUUGUGUCCUCCACCACCUGUUUUCUAAGGGAAGGAUCCUUGAAGAUUUUUUAUUCGUACCUUUUGUGACUGGAUUGAAACUUAUGAGGAGCUUCUUUUAUGAGUCAGCCAUUUUAGCGUCCUUACAUUCCCCUCCAUGAAGCCGUAAUAACCCAGUCACAUUUCAUUAACAACACUUUGCUGCUAAAGAGUAAUGACUUUACUGAGGUUGAGCCAAACACUAUACUCUGCCAGAUUAGAGCCUUUAACACCUUUCUCACGUUUGACUCGGUGGAACUUUACAAGGAUGAGGAGAACACCGCAGAACCAUCGCUGGGAAGCAGUGAGGAAAGUCACAUGGACAACAGGAAGACGUCAUUGUGUAUGGCUCCUUGCUGAAAGUCGCUACUAUGUGGACAUUUUGGUUGUCUUAGUUUGUGUCUUUUUUUAUGUAGCGCAAACAUAGCCUAGCGGAGUAGUUUUUGUCAAUGAACUUGAGCCAUAUUGCCCAUACCACUGGGAGUAUUUAGCAGAUGUGUACCCCCGGCUCAUUUUAUGUGUUUUGGGAGAUGAUGCAUGUCUGCAUCUGUCCAUGUGUGUGAUUCUCUGAGGGCGUGAACGCUUAUGUGUGUGCAUGUGCGUGAGUACAACAAGAAACACACUGUGAAAUAAGUCCUAUCCAAUGCAGUUUAUACUCUUCAAUAUUUUUGGGACAAGCCCAGACUAGAGCUCACCAUCUGGCGAAGAGAAUUUUAUAAAUGUUGGAUCCAGUUUAUAUCCACGGUUUCACCUUUUGCUUUUUUUCUUUUCAGUUUCCCUCUUCCUUUAGUAUUUACAGAUAUUUUUACUGAAGUAACAAAUGGUUAAACCUGGAUGAAGAUCACAAAUGGUCAAAUCAGUUAAAUCCUCUAAUCAGUCUCUUGUUUAUGUGAUUAACAUUAUUUCUGAAAUCUAUCAAAAUUGAAUAUAUUUUGAUAUAUACGUCCAGCUCUUUGUAGGACGUGGUAUUUGCAGAUAUUGAUGAUAGUGUGACUUAUUUUAAAAAUGUAUGUAGAUCAAUAUAUAUCAGACAACUAUAUUUUAUGUUCCCAUUAAAGGGCAGCAGUACUGUUUGAUUUGGGUGGACACAAAAACAUAAGGACUUCUAACAAUACUCAGCCUAAAAUUAGUCAACAUUCUCCUACAUUAUGAAGAUUAUUUUAUUUUCAGUUUUCAUUUCUGGCAAGAAGACAGGAACCGUCUGCUUUAAGAUGCUGAGUUGUUUUAGUUCAUGUAUCCAUUCCAUUUGUUUAAUUCUUUCUACUCAAAAACAAAAAAACCCUCCUGCAUGUCUCCAUUGAAGGAUAUAAAUAAUGUCUGCUUGUUAAGGUGUUUAGGAUGAACUUGGCAUAUUUGUGAGAAUCAAUUUAUACCACUCAAAGCCUGUGGGAUGCUUGAACAGUUUUGUAGACUGUUCAAGCAUCCGUUUAGGCUUUAUAACUCGAUUUAAGGCAUUAUGUAAGAAGUAGCAAGUGUGUUUCUGAGAGAUCGGUUUUGUGUGAUUUUGUUUUUUCCAGGUCAGUUAUGGUCUGUAUUGUGAGAAAAUAUCCAUUUCUACCUAAUUCAAUGGCUUUGAUUUCAUGCAGCCUUCGGUUUUGCACUCUGUGUAAAUAAAUUGUCGCUUUGA